CCCGCGGUACGGACGGGUCAUCAGUCGUAUUCCAGCCUAAAAGACGUGCUCGUCCUAAAUAAUAUUUGAAGACAACCACGGAAAUGACAGAAGUUUUUGAGGUGGAGAAAAUUCUGGCUUCCAAGAAGUCUAGAGGAAAGACACUGUACAAAGUUCGAUGGAAGACCUUUGGUCCGGAGGAAGACACUUGGGAGCCGGUCAAACAUCUGAGAGGUUGCAAAGAGUUACUCCAAGAUUUCAACGCUAAGGAGGAGCGGGCCACAAAAAACUUGUACAAAACACAGACAAAAACUGAAAUAAAACAUGUCUCCAACAGCGUCUCUCUCGGAAGGAGCCUAGCCACGCCCGACGUGAAGAUUAUCAGGAAUGGGGGAGGAGACGGGGCUCUCUCCAGGAGGUCCUUGCGGGAGGGAAUCAGUACGGACGUCAGGUCUGGCGUGACGACCAUCGUCACACCAGGAGCAACACUCAGGGUAACUACAGGCAGGAAGUCGAUGGGGACGACAUCAUCCAGAGUGACGGUGUCAAAGACAAAUGCUUCAGAAGUCAAAGACAUUCCAAAACCCAGUGCUGAUGAGGACGAGGAUCGCAUGUCGCCAUACGUCUUCCUCCUGUUUGUUUUAAUUAUCCUAGCUGUCCUUUUUUAUAUUUAUCAGCCAUUGUAACUACCUCUUGGUGUCAAAGGAGGUACAACGUACAUAUGUCUUAACCUUUUUGGAAUUCUUGACCUCGACCUAGAAAAUUUGUGCCACAACUUUCAGGAUUCCGCCCUGCUCAAUUGAAUCGUUCCCGAGCUCAUAGUUUGCUGUCUGCAGGCCUGUAUGCUUUGUUUUGGGAAGUGCAAGGGCACCUAGGCAUUUUCUUUUUGGUAACGGACACCCUAGGAGGAAAUCGUAAAUUUCUACUGGAAUGAUUCAAGGGCACCAAGGCAAUUACCAGGGCCAUUCUAACCACUAAAAUGCUGAAUUUUUUUUACAUUGAAAUAUUAGAAUUUUCCUAUAUAGUGUGAAUAGUUUUCAAGUCACUGUAAUUUAAACUUUUCAGAAGAAUGUAAUAUUUAGUGUGUUUUAAGAAAUCAAAAAACUAUAGUUUUUUUCAAAUCACUGCAUGAAAUGAACCAUUUUCACCAGAUUUCAUAAUCAUAAAACCAGCUUAAUUGUUUUUUUAUUGUACAAAAAAUAACUGAACCUUUUUAAUGUUAGGGGAUUGUAAUUAUUAAGGAAAUUUUCAAAUGUAAAAAACCCUCAUAACAAACAUGAUAAAUAGUUUUAAAAAGUAAUAUUUUCAAGAAUCUUUAGUCGCCUGCUCUGCUAAAGUUAAGAAAAAAUACAGUUGAAAAUUUUAUGGAUUUGAGACAUUGCAAGCUGAGGUAUAAGUAUAUAUUUGGUUUGUGGUAACACCAUGUGUGUAUCUACU